GGACAGGACGUCUGGGGAGCGCAGAGCGGCGGGCCAGGCGCCGCGGACCGGCAGACUCCCUGCAACGCUUCUUUUAAGCUACAACAACAAAAACCCUGUGCGGUAUUGUAACCACAGAGAGCAACAUGAGUUCAAAGAAGAAUACACAUUGUGGAAACAGGAUGAAGUUGACCAGUGAAAAGUUGCCCAAGAACCCCUUUUAUACCUCUCUAUCCCGGUAUGGUGCUAAGAACCCAAAAUUCUUCCAAUGGAGGAAGGAAAAGACUGAUCAUUACAGCCAUGAGAAUUUGGUGGAUAAGGCAUUGCAGCUCUUGAAGGAAAGAAUAAGAAGAGGGGAUGCUAUGGCAUAUUUCCUCCGAGGCCAACUAUAUUUUGAAGAGGGAUGGUAUGAAGAAGCAUUAGAACAGUUUGAAGAAAUCAAGGAGAAAGACCAUCAAGCAACUUACCAGCUAGGAGUGAUGUAUUAUGAUGGGCUGGGGACACCUACAGAUGCUGAAAAAGGAGUGGAAUAUAUGAAGAAAAUUGUUGAUUCUCCAUGUCCCAAAGCAAGGCACUUACAGUUUGCAGCUGCCUACAACCUUGGAAGAGCUUAUUAUGAAGGGAAAGGCAUCAAACAAUCAGAUGAGGAAGCUGAAAGACUGUGGCUUUUUGCUGCAGACAAUGGAAAUCCUAAAGCUAGUGUGAAGGCUCAAAGUAUCCUAGGAUUGUAUUAUUCAACAAAAGAGCCUAAAGACUUAGAAAAGGCAUUUUAUUGGCACUCGGAAGCAUGUGGCAAUGGAAAUCUGGAGUCCCAGGGUGCACUUGGACUAAUGUAUUUUUAUGGACAAGGCAUCCGCCAAGAUACUGAAGCUGCCUUGCAGUGCUUAAGGGAAGCAGCAGAACGUGGAAAUGUCUAUGCUCAAGGGAAUCUCGUGGAGUAUUACUACAAAAUGAAAUUUUUUACUAAGUGUGUUUCGUUUUCCAAAAGGAUUGCUGACUAUGAUGAGGUUCACGACAUACCCAUGAUAGCCCAGGUCACGGACUGUCUCCCAGAAUUCAUCAUCAGAGGCAUGGCCAUGGCAUCUUUCUACCAUGCCCGAUGCCUUCAGCUUGGCUUGGGUAUCACAAAGGAUGAAGCAACAGCUAAACACUACUAUUCUAAAGCUUGUCGUCUCAAUCCUGCAUUGGCAGAUGAACUUCACUGUUUACUUAUUCGUCAAAGAAUUUAG